CACACACUUGGCCAGAUGCCUAGCAUUGGCUUCUAUGUCCUGUUUACGAGAAGGUUCUCCCCCUUCGGUGGUGCGUGACCAGUGGCUGUCAUGCAUCUUGAAUGGUGAGCAUCUGGGAGCUGGAGGGGUCAAGUUCAAAAGUGGGGGGGAGUGGGUCUAAUAGGCUGUGGGUGAAAACAGAAGCUGUGGUUACUGCUACUGUCAUGGCUGGCACUAUGAGCUGCGUCCAGUGCUUAUGGUAGGAGGGUCCCGCCUCUUAGGGUCACUCAUCCAAUUCUAGAACUUGACCUGUCAGGUGACGGAACCUAAAAUAGCCCUGCAGAGAGUAUAUAGAGGUCUAUACGCAGGCCCUGGAUUUCAGAACAGGACUUGCCCCGCUGUCUGAAACAUACAGGACACUGCACCACGAGAGACGUUGACAGAAGAGGAAAGGCCUUUUUUUUGAAGGACAUAUCUUAAUUCAAUAAUCUUACUGCCUUCUGCUUUAUAAUUUUACCAUUGAAAAAGGCUUGAAGAUUUUCAACAGAUUUUUCUUUUUCUUUGAGCAAGCCUGAACACUUUCAUACGGAUGAAGUACUACCAGGACCCAGUCUGCCAGUCCAUGGGCAUCAAGGCUUAUGGCCCUAAGGAAUCCAGCAGCACUUCUUGCACCCACUCUCCUCCACAGAUCAAACCAGUUCGCAGCGUCCACUUCCCCAACGACAUUGUGUUCCAGGACUACGUCCGGCAGGGCGAGCUGGACAGGAUCGGACUCUUCAUCAGAAAGAGGAGGGUCAGCUUGGAAACCAUCUACCACUCCGGUAUGGCAGCGAUCCAUGAGGCUGUCCUCUCUGGGAACCUGGAGUGUGUGAAGCUGCUGGUGAAGCACGGAGCAGACGUCCACCAGAGAGACGAGGAGGGCUGGACACCUCUCCACAUGGCCUGCAGUGACGGAUUCCCUGACAUUGCCAAGUACCUGCUUUCUAUUGGCGCCGACCCUCAGGCGGAGAACGAGUGUGGGGAGACACCUGCCGAUCUCAUCGACCCAGAGUGCACCGGGGUUCGUGAGCUGCAGGGGCUGCUUGGUGUGGAAGACGACUGAGCUCUCGUCAUCUAACCUUAAAACGUCACUGAAACUUCAGUCUCCUUCCUCGCCCAGGCCUCCCGGUUGACCCUCCACAAUGGAAUGAAAUGGGCAGAUCGGUAGAACAUUGUCAUUCUGUGCCCUUCCUCUCUUGUAGAUGUCCUGGAGACAUAUCUGGUCUGGUAGGAGGAAGGCAGCGAGCCAACAGUAGAUGGUUGCCUUUGAGAGUGAACUGAACUGUUGCUGGAAAGGGGCUCCUCCCAGGCAAUCUCAGCAGGCAUCGCUUUGUAAUGCUGUUUGCAGGUGCAGAAGUAAAUUUGAGCUUUUGUACUUUUUUUUUUAUAGAGGGUGAACGCAGCACUGAAAUGAAUUAGAUAACAGUAUGGUAAUGAGUUUUUCUAAUUACUUUAUAGUUGAUGUGUUAAAGCUUUUUUGGAAGUUGUGAAACAUGGAUCUGUCAUUGUCCUCUGACUCGUAGGGCCACUGAAUUUGGGGCUUACUGCCCAGCGCAGUAAACCAAUGUGAUAGGUCAACUCUACUCACUGACAGCAUUUAUAGUUCAAGAUUUGUAUCAUACAACUUUUCAAUUUGAAACAAAGACCCUGCAUAUGUAGCACAUGAAUAUGUACCCUGCAUACUGUAUGUACUCUAAAAUGUACCACAUGAAUGUUGUUAGUCUAACGCUUUACCUCUAUACUUUUGCAAACACCACUGGAAUGGCUAAUUGUGUUCACAAUUCCUUUUACAAUCAUUUGUAACUGAAACCGUGUGCAAUCAAUUGUGGUUACACGGCUUUGUAAAUA